UCUCUCUCUCUCUCUCUCUCUCUCUCUCUCUCGCCUCCCACCAUCGCAUAGCCUACCCUUGCACGCCCUUCGUCUCACGCAUGAUGCUGCGCGCCUUCCCAUAGCUCUGACCAGUGCUUUUACUACCGCUGUCCUUCGCUUCCCUUAUACUUCGCCAUGGCGUCGGUCCCGGGUUAUUCAGCCUCCGGCCGCCCACGCUCAUCUGACGAUCAUACCACUUCCACCCCCCAAGAGAGCGACAUCACCGAGGGCGCGACAAACUGCGAUUCCUCCACGGAAUUAGUAGAGGAUACAGAUACCGUCCUUCUCAACAAAUCCGCGGAGGGCGAGGACGAUACGGCUACCCGGGAAUCCCCGAUCGCGACCCCGACCUUUGUCGACGAGCCACGGAAAUGCUGGAUCUGCUACACAGAUGAGACGGAAGACUCACCCCUCAACUCGGAAUGGCGCUCGCCGUGUCCCUGUGCCCUAACGGCUCACGAAGCUUGUCUGCUCGAUUGGCUGGCCGAUCUCGAGAAUCCCCGGUCUCGCAGGCGGAACGGCCAUACCGCGAAGAUGAUGUGCCCGCAAUGCAAGACCGAGAUCAUAGUGUCCCGCCCGCGAAGUUACAUUGUGGAUAUAGUACGACUGUUUGAGCGUGUCGCUGGCCGGCUGGUGCUCCCAGGGAUGGUCUUCACCCUGGCGGGCACCGUGUGGGCAGGAUGCUGUGCGCAUGGAGUGUACUCGAUGUACUUUGUCUUUGGGACGGACGAGGCGAGGCAGAUACUGGAGGAAACGGCAGAUGGCCCGUGGAAUUCGGGCCUGAAUCUGGGGCUGCCUCUGAUUCCCAUGGUGCUGAUCUUCUCGCGCACCCGAUACGCCGAAGGCCUUCUCCCCGCCAUUCCCGUCAUGUUCUUCGCCACACAUCAGCCGGGCCAGGAAGUCGACUUGGAUCUUUGGCCACCCAGUGCGGCAGUCACUUUUGCAGCGCUCCCGUAUGUGAAGAGCUUUUACAGCGCCUUCUACGAGAAAAUGUUUGGAAAUUUGGAAAGGAGGUGGGUGGCGGAGGUGCAACCGCGCCAGUCAGAUGUCAAUGAGUUCGACGAUAAUGCGCCACCAGAGCAUCCCGAACCGAUGGAGCCUAAUGGAGAUAACGGACUUCUGAUGGAAAUCGAUCUGGAGCUACAGGUUGGGAUGGGCAAUGACGAUGGGCCGCAGGGGCUGCUUGGCUUCAACGGUGGGAGAGAUGCACAGGGUAACGGGCAAGAACAGAACCAGGGUGGCGGGGGUCAGCCACUGGGCUUGGGUCGACGGGACGAUCUCAUCCACGAAACGAGUAAUCUUGCGGACAUCAUCCUUGGAGCUCUCGCAUUCCCAGCCAUAUCCGCCUCGAUGGGCGGUCUUCUGAAGUACCUCCUGCCGGUUUCAUGGACGACCACGUCGGCGCUCGACAAAGCCCGACCGGGACUGCUCCAGACGCGAUGGGGCCGGAGUGUGGUGGGUGGGUGUGCGUUUGUGCUGCUGAAAGAUGCGUUGGUGUUGUACUGCCGGUGGAAGCUGGCGCAGACACACCGACGACGCAAGGUGCUGAACUAUGAUCGGUCGAAGAAGCAGGCAUCGGCCAAACGAUGAUCGAUUGCUUCCAAUUAAUGACAGCAGUGUAACGAUGCAUUUCACGGCGUUAAUCUGGUUGGUGGGAUGUUCUCGAAGAUACACUCUUGUUUACUGGGUCUUUUCUGCGUUUCCGGUCUGACGAGCGAUGAGGGUUUACUAUGUAGUAUGAGAGAUUCCCAUAAUUGCCAGGUAAAAGCGAUUGGGACAGCGAUGGAUAUGAAAACACAAACCUUGAACCAAAGUAAACCACAAUGACAACUACAAUCAAUUUAA